CAAGGAACCUUGUCUGCCUACGUGUUCUACAGACACACACUUUCUAAUGUUACUUAUUGCCUAUUUUUCUAACAACUGGCAUGGUUCUGGAUGGCCCCCAUCUAUAUUUCCACAACCUACAUCUUGCCAACAAUAUAUUUCUACACAUGUAUUUUGCCGCAUACUUUUGCUGCUCUUAUGUACCUUUCCAGCAGCCCGUGUCUUGACGGAGCACGCGCUGCUGGACUUUCCACUCUCAGGAUUUCUCUCUCUGUGUUUUAACAACCUACGUUUCUCAGAGAUAUUUCUCUCAGCACGUAUAAUUUCCUGAUCUCCUUUACCUGUUCUCCUCGCCACCCCUGUGUUGGGAGAUGGCAUCCUUCUGCCCUUGCCACGUGCCUGCAGCUUACAUUUGUUCUAACACUAUAUAUGUUUCCAUAUAUAUAUAUAAGUGUGUGUGUGUAUAUAUAUAUAUAUACACACACACACACACACACACACACACACACACACGUUUCUCUGUCUAUAUAUAUUUUCCAUAUAUAUAUAUAUAUCUAUAUAUUGCUCUCUCCCCACGUUUCUGGCUCGUAUCCGCUAUCCGUGCACACCGUAGAGUUUCUCCCUUUCCUUGUCGCACUUCUCCAGUCCCUUCUGCUCCAGAAAACAGCAAACCGCCAUGUGCCCCCCACGUUUCCUGACCCACCGGCACCCCCCCAGCCGCAACCAGUGGUUGAAGCAAAACCCAUCAUUUUAGGCCACCAAACCCCCCCAAAUUCAGCCAACGCCCCUCGGCUGGGCUAUCAAAGAGCCCCCCACGUUGCACAAGUGACACUCCCAGCCCAGGGCCCAGGGCCGAGCGAGCGCUGGGCCUGGCUGUGCCCCACAUCCCUGCCCGCAAAGCCCACAGAUCAGGAUAAAAACCCCAAAGCCCCAAGAAACAACUGGGAAAAAUGAGCAGCAGGGGUCACAGGUCCCUGGGGGGGGCAGCUAGAGGGUCCCACCAUCCGCCUCCCAGUAUAAACCACCCCCAGGCCUGGGAGAACUGGGGGGGUUGGGGGGGGGGAGCCGGACGCCUGGGUUCCCCCCUUGCAGCCCCCCCCCUUCCUCCUCCUCCUCUUCCUGCCGCCGCGCGGAGCCCUGGGAAGAGGUGCCUCGUCCUGCCCGACCGACCCCCCCGCCAUGGCCACGGCCUGAGCCGGCAGCUCCUUCCAGCCUCCUCCGCCGCCGCGGCCCUUCCGGGGGGGCCCCCCACCCCCUCCUGCCGCCCCUGGGGGCCCCCCCGCGCCCGUGCCCACGCCCCCAUGGAGCUGGGCGGGAAGAAGAAGCUGCACGCGCUGUCGCUGGCCGAGAAGGUGCAGGUGCUGGCGCUGCUGGCCGAGUCCAAGCUGUCGCAGUCGGAGGUGGCGCGGCGCUUUCGCGUCUCGCAGCCCCAGAUCUCCCGCAUCUGCAAGAACCGCGACAAGCUGCUGGCCGACUGGCGCAGCGGCACGGCCAACCGCCAGCGCAAGCGCAAGCGCGAGUCCAAGUACAGCGGCCUGGACGAGGCGCUGCUGGGCUGGUUCCGGCUGGCGCGGGCGCGGGCCGGCGACGUCACGGGCCCCGUGCUGCUGCAGAAGGCCAAGGAGCUGGCGGACCGCGCCGGGCAGGCCUUCGUGCCCAGCAUCGGCUGGCUGGUGCGCUGGAAGCGCCGCAACAACGUCUGCAUGGUGCCGCGCCCGCCGCGUGCCCACCAGCCCCCGGCGCCCGCCCGCCUGCUCCGCGACUUCCCGCCGCAGGACAUCUUCGGCUGCGGGGAGCUGCCCCUGCUCUACCGGACCCUGCCGGGAGCCGGAGCCGGCGCCGGCCCGCGGGUGCAGGUGGCUCUGUGCGCCAAUGGCACGGGCACCGAGAAGCGCAAGGCCGUGGUGGUGGGGCGCCGCGGGCCGCCGCCCGGCGCUGACGCGGAGGCCCUGCCAGCGCUGUACCGGGCCGGGCGCGGGGGCCGCGUGACGCCCGAGCUGGUGUCCGAGUGGCUGGCCGACUUCGACUGGGAGCUGGGCCGCCAGGGCCGCACCGUGGCCCUGCUCCUGGACCCCGAGUGGUGCUGCCCGGACCCGGUGCCCACCAACAUCCGCGUGGUCUUCGCGCCCCGUGGCGACGCGCCCUGCCCGCUGCACCCGGCUGUGGCCCGCGACUUCAAGGCGCGCUACAAGCGCCGGCUGCUGGCCAAGGCGGCUGCGCGGGGCACGGCCCCCGUCACCCUCCUGGAUGCACUGCACAUGGUGGCAGCCGCCUGGGAGGCCGUGGAGCCCACGCUGCUUGCCCGUUGCUUCGCCGACGCCGGGCACGAGGCCCCCGAGGUGCCACCCCCGCCGGGGCUGACGCCCGCUGCCUUCCGCCGCUACCUGGACCUGGAAAGCGAGGGGGGUGCCCCCGCGCUGCCGCCACCCUGCAAGGAGGAGGAGGAGGAGGAAGAAGAGCGAGGGGAGGAAGGAGAGGGGCCUGGCGAGGUGCCCAGUCGGGACGAGGCGCUGCGGGCGCUGGGGACGCUGCGGCGCUGGCUGGAAGCCCGCGGGGCCCCUGACACCGUCUUCCGGCACUUCUACGCCUGCGAGGAGGAGGUGGAGAGGGACCCCGGGCCCUGAGCCUCCACCCCCCGGGAGCCUGGAUUCCCCCCAACCCGAGGCCACAGGGCAGGAAGCUGCUGGGAGGCCUGGGCUCUCCUCCCGCGCCCCCCAGCUUGGGGUCUGCCCCAGGCGGGGAGGGUGAGAACGACCCACGUACCGCGCCGUGCGCGCUGGGCGGCGAAAGCGGGGGCCGGGCACCGCGGUCCUACUGAGUCAGCAAGUGCAUUUGGGGGCUGGGGGUGGGUUUUUUGAGGGAGGGGGGAGAGGAAAUAAAGGACAAGGACAAACAGGAGGAUUUGCUGGCCGUUCCUCUUUCCCUGGGGGCUGGGCCCAGACGCCUGGGUUGUCUCCCUGUCUGGGGACAAGGGGUGAGAGCGGGGGGCUGGGAGCCCGGGCCCUCCCCCGGCUGCCUUGCGACCCGGGCCAGGUUCAGCACGUUCAAGCGGUGACUCGACCCCGGGCUGCUCCGUUCCCGUCCCCGUCCAGCUCCCGGCGCAGCGGGAUCACCGCCGCAUCCGCUCAGCCCGGACCCCCAGCCACGGCCUUCGUGCCCCCACGGCUGGCUGGAUCGGGGCCCUCUGCCCCACACCACCCUCCAACCCACCUGCCAGGCCCAGGGUUCGAGUCCCACCGGGGUGUCCGUCUCCGUCUGCACUGGGGCGCACCAGGUGCCCCCGGGAUCUUACAGACGACGAGAUUUGCCCGUUACAGUGAACAGGAAACGCCGUCAGCGACUCGGUGUCGUGGCUUCUCCGAGAAUCGGGGCCUGGAAGAACGCGGGGGGGUCUCGCGCGCAGAAAAGAAUAUUUUGGAAUUGAAAUAAUUUAAAUGCGACAAAUAUAAGGAAGAUUCAAUCCCCCACUAACGAACAGACGCUAAUGAGUACAAAGCAGUAAAAAUGUGUUAGUAAAAGUAUAGCAGCAUAGCAAAGGUGCUGUCAGAAAAAGGAAAGUGCUAAAGAACAAAUACUAGGAAAAUGCCAUUAAUAAAACAACGAUGCGGCGGUAACGAUCCACUAAUAAGAAGCAUUAUGAUAAAGACUAAAGAGAAUUAAAAUCCAUUGGUAACAAGUGUAUGAUGAAGAAAUAGCAAGAACGGAUUAGUAAAAAGUAUUCAAUAAAGGCUAAAUAAUGGCAGAAAUCCACUAAUAAAGAGUAUAUGCCAGCGAUUACAAAACAGCACGACUCCAUUGAUAAAAAUGUAUGAAAAAGAAUAAAUAAGACCUAAAUUGCAUUAAUAAAAAGCAUAUGCGAAGGAAUAAAUAAAAGCAAAAAUUGAUUACUUAGAAGCAUAUUAUAUAGAAUAAAUAACAGCAAAACUUUGUUAAUAAAAGUGUAUGAUGAUGAACAAGCGUGAGCAAAACUCCAUUAGUGCAAAGUAUACGAUAUAGAGUAAAUAUCAGCAAAAGUCCAGGGAUACAAAAUACACGAUAACGACUAAAUAAAAGCAAAAAUCCACUAAUAAAAGUAUAUUUUUCCUUUAUAAUAUUAGUAAAAAUCCACUAAUAAAAGGAUACGAUAAUGGCUAAAUAACAGUAAAAAUCCAAGAAUAAAAAGUAUGUUACAAAGGCUAAAUAUCAGCAAAAAUCCACUGCUGAAAGUAUGCCGUAAAGAAUAAAUAGAAGGAAAAAUCCGUUUAUAAAAGUAUACGAUAGACAAUAAAUAGCAAAACCCCACUAAUAAAAGUAUACGAUAAAGAAUAAUGCACAUAUCCAUGAAUAUCUCAUAUCUAAUUAUAAAGGAAAAAUAUUAGCAAAAAUCCAGUACUAAAAGUAUACAAUAAUAAGGAAAAGGAAAAAUCUGUUAAUGAAAGUAUAUGACAAAGAAUUAACAGCAAAAUCCGUGAGGAAUAAGCAUGUGCUAUCGAAGAGACGCGAGCCCAAACCCACCACGAAGCCGGGUACGGUACAGAAGAAAGAAGAGUAAGUAAGGCAAUAGAGGCAAAAGUCAAUUAAUACUAAUGAAAUAAUCAACAAGACUGACAUAAGAAAUCAUUUGGAAAAAAAAAAGAAAUAGAAAAGCCUCAAUUUUUUUUAGGCAAAAAUUGGACACCCAGAGCAGCUCAGCCAGUAUUUUAAUCUUCUAGCAGAGCGGUUUAUUAAAGGCAAACGACAGGCCAAAAACCCCGUUGACUCCAUUUGGACCGUCCGUUUCCACGCGUGCCGGCACAAGGACAAGCCGCGGCGAAGCAAAAAGCCAGCGGCUGAAUCGAUCCGGCGUCUGCGCGUCGGUCCGCUGCAGAGACUGAACCCCCGAGCAAGGGAGCAGACCUUCGCUUCUGGUUGUGGAAAUGCAGCGGUACGCCUGCGGGGCCGGGUCAGGCGCCGGGGGGCGCUAGAGCACGCCGCCCUGCUCGGCUGGAGCAGGCAGCCUGGGCCAAGGCGAGCCCGCCCACCCUGCAAGGCGCUAAGCACCCUGGGAUGCUGGAGGACUGUGAGUUAACGUCAGCGCGGAGGGGCUCUGGGACAGAAGUGCACCAAACCGGUUCAACUUGAACCAGUUCAGUCUGACCCGGCACCCGUCCGGGCUGCUCUUCAACCCGCGCCGCCCAUUUGGAAAGCAGUUUGCGUGCCGCCACAGGUCUGCACUGGUUUCCAGUCACUUCCACCAGUUCGUGUCGCGUCUGUCCCCGGACGACCGCAGGCAAAGACGUGAGGCACGGAGACGGCUCCGGGGCCUGCGAGCGACAAGCCGAUCCGCCACGGUCAAAUGAUCCCUCGUCCCCCGAGCGCCCCCACGUCCGUGCCGGGAGCUGGGCCCCCCGCCACGAUGGAGCGGGGGGUGUCAGGAGCCUCCUCCGCGCUUUGUGCUUGGGCCCCACGAGCGCGGCCGGUGUCCCCCCGAGGAGGAGCCCGGCGCGGCGCGGCGCGGCGCAGCACGACGCAGCACAACACGGGCCCGCACCCACACCCGCACCGCCACCGGGGGCAAGAACUAACGGCCCCGCCUGGAACGAGAGUCCAGUGGAAAGCAGCCCUAAGGCCUGAUGGGUUUUGCCUUUUAGGCAAGUGCACAUGUGUGCGUGCACACACACACACAUGCAGAAUCCAGGCAUCUCUCAUGUAAACACAUGUGUGCGUGUGCACACACAAAAUCCAGGCAUCUCUGUCAUGUAAACACAGGCGCACACUGUGUCCCCCCCCGGCCAGGUGUCUGGCACAUAGGUGCCUGGAUGUGCAUGUCCUGGACACCUGGGUGUAUGUGUGUGUGUGUGCGCGCACGCGUUUGCAUUAGAGACAAAGAUACCUGGAUUUUGUGUUUCUCUCUAAUGCAAACACACACACACACAAAAUUCAGGUGUCCAGGGCACGCACACAAAAAUCUAGGCAUCUCUUUCAUGUAUACACAUGCACACACGCAUGUGCGCGCACACACACUAUUUCCAACUGAAACUUAAAUAAAGCAAAGCAAGCCCCCACUCUAAAAUCCAGAAUUUCUCCCUCCAGGCCCCCCUCCAUAAAACCUCCCCCUUCCCUUUUCUCUCUUUUUGGCAAGCAGACUCGUGGCGCGGCGCGGCGCAGUGGGGGGGCGGAGUCUAGCUGCAAUUAAAAUAAUUCAAUGUUUCAAA